GAUGGAUGAAAUGAUGACUCCAUUGAUACCUUAUCACAGUGCACGCAACGACACCUACUCAACUUCCGCGAAUCAAUACACAGCCAUAAAUUUGGACCAUGAGACCGGUAAUGGCGCGGAGUUCUUGCCAACUUCCAUCCCCAACAACUCUGUCGAGUUUCAUCAUUUCAACUUCCCAUUGUCCGAAGUUUACAACAUUGUCAAAGAAAACAACAAGGAAUCCUACUUAGGCCCGACCGCAAAGGUGAUAAUAAUGGUUGCCUACAUCACUCUCAUCGUGCUCGGGACAGCAGGCAAUAUUUUGGUGGGACUUGUGAUUGCUCGGAAGCACGAAAUGAGGACUUCAGGUAACCUGUACGUCAUCAAUCUCACCAUCUCUGACAUAACGCUUUGUCUCAUCUGCAUGCCCUUUACUCUAGCAAGCCUUAUGAAGAAAAACUGGGAGCUCGGCAGCUUCAUAUGCAAACUGGUGCCCGUUUUGCAGUGCACCAACAUUCUGGUCAGCACUGCCACCAUCGCUGCCAUUGCCGCCGACCGUUACAUGACCAUAGUCAGAAUUGGGAGUCGACCGCGACCACAAUGCUACAACCAAGCGUCCGUGCUAGGCAUUUGGAUCGUGUCACUAAUAUUUCCACUGCCUCUGUUCAGUUCUUAUUACUUAGAGACAGUGAAAGUCAAAGAUUUCUUAUUGUAUGACAGAUGCGUUGAGCUGUGGUCGUCGCGAUCUGUGCAACUGGCUUGGUUGAUCACGUUAUUUUUGAUACAGUACAUCAUCCCAAUCCUAGUGCUGGUUUCUGUCCACAUCAACAUAAAGAACUUUCUCAAUAAACACCAAAUGCACAAUCUUAGUGCCGCUAGAAAGACGCAGGAGCUAGACAGAAAUCGACGCACUACUAUCCUACUUACUACCAUUGCCUGCACCUUUGCAGUCAGUUGGUUGCCCUGGCAUGUAGUCAACCUGCUAGCCGACUUCAACUACUUCCACAGCCCCGAGUAUUUCUACGCGAUUUUUGGGGCGUGCCACAUCCUGGCCAUGAGCACAGCCUGCAGUAACCCCGUACUUUACGGCUGGCUCAACACCAACCUCAAGAAAGAGAUACUCUGCUUCCUCGCCACGCUCUUCAAGACGAGAGGCGCGAGCUCGCACAGCCAAAGGAACAUGUCGCUAAACACAACUCGUCUCUCAAGCUAUCCAUCGCCUUGCGUGUCGUCGGUGCCAAAACGGCAUCGUCAGAGCGCUCCUUCAGAAUCUCAAAACGAUGGACCAAUUUUUAGCCUGGACAAUGUGACGCUUUCACCUAAAUGUUCUCCCGAGCAAUCUCCGAUGUCUGAUGUUAUUGUUAAAGAGCAAAAGACAAAUGUCUCUUCAAAGGCCGUAAAGUUGAAGGCAUUGUCUCAUGUGGACGACAAUAACUCAAAGAGUGUGACAAAAUCGCCUAGAUUUGAUUCCUUGUGUAGCCAACUGGAAGCCAAAAAGAACAUGCUAGACUCGGAGCUUAUAAUAUAAGUGCAAGAUCUCGCACUGGAAACCGACUUGAAC